AUGUCUGCCAACUUGGACAAGUCGCUUGACGACCUCGUCGGCAACCAGCGCCGCAUGCAGGGUCGCAACCGCCGCGGCCGCGCUGCCCGUCGCGGUGCUGCAAAGACGACCUCCGCUGGAGGUGUCAACAAGGCCAAAGCCAACAAGGCUCUGGCCAAGCCUGUGCACCAGGUCGCGCCCGCGUCAGGCGCUACUAGUACGAGCAAGAUCAUCCUGAGCGGAUUGCCGGCCGAUGUGAGUGCCGAGAAUAUCAAGGAAUACUUCGGCCAGCGAGCUGGCCCCAUCAAGAAGGUGACCCUUAGCUACGACAAGAACGGUGUGAGCAUCGGCACUGCCACCAUUAUUUUUCGACGCACCGAAUCCGCAGUCAAGGCUCUUGAACUUAACGGCACCCCUGUUGAUGGUCGCCCCAUGAAGAUCGAGAUGGUUUAUGAUGCCGCCCACGCCCCCGUCGCUCCCACUCCCGCUUCUCUUGCUGAACGUGUGACGCAUGUUCACAAGCCGCAGCCUAAGCCUGCCACUGCUACCAAGGCUGCCAAGGGCGCCACCAACGACAACAACAAGAACAACACCAAGGGUCGUCCUGCCAAGGGCCGCAAGGGCCGCAACCCUGGCCGUGGCAAGCCCAAGACUGUGGAGGAACUCGAUGCUGAGAUGGUUGACUACUUUGCCGCCGACGGCAACAACGCUACCAACGGCAAUGCUGCCGCCAACAACGUUGCCCAGGCCAACGCCGGCGAGGAUGUCGGCAUGGCUGAAAUUUCUUGA